GCUAUUCUUCGCCACGUCGUCGGAUAGUUUUCACCUCGCCUUCUCCGCCCUCGCUCUCUCUCUCUCUCUCUCUCUCUCUCUCUCUCUCUCUCUCUCUCUCUCUCGCUCUAGCUCUAGCUCUCUCUCCAUAGCUGAUUAAAUGGCGACCUCCUAUGCUCCUCUUUCGAUGUCAGGCAGACCUCGUCUUAAGGAACGUGAGCUUUGGUGCAAAAAUUCCCAUUCGUUUGGGAAAACACCAAUAUUGAAAAUUCAAAGGAGAUCAAACCAGUUGGGAACCAAUCACAAGUUAUCUGUUUGCGCUGAGUACAAUGAAGGCAGUAGAGGAGGAAGUGGAGAUUUUCUUGCUGGUUUCCUCAUUGGAGGUGCAGUGUGUGGAACCUUAGCAUACAUUUUUGCUCCGCAGAUUAGACGAUCCUUGCUGAAUGAAGAUGAAUACGGGUUUAGGAGGGCGAAGAGACCAAUAUAUUAUGAUGAAGGUUUAGAGCAGGAGACCAGGCAGACAUUGAAUGCGAAAAUAAGCCAGCUCAAUUCAGCCAUUGACAACGUAUCUUCUCGCCUGAGAGGUGGCAAUAAUUCACCUCAAGUUCCCGUUGAAUCUGAUCCUGAAGUUGAAGCUACCAUGUGAGGUUUUGUUCUGCUCGCUUUGCUUAUUAGCUAUAAUCUUUCUUUGAAUUAUUUUCUUGAGUCUUAGUUGGGGUAAAGAGAGUUAAAAAAGAGUGCCACAUGAUAUUUGUAGACUGGAUCUGAAUCCCAUGUGUGCUGUUUUGUUUUUUGGGUUGGAUUUUCUUCUACAAGUUAAAUUUCCAAAAUUUCAGUUUAUUGAAAAACUACAUGUGGCCUCA